AUGCCUAUGAUUGGUUAUACAUUUGAGUACAAGUAUUCUCAGGAUGGAGACAUCGUUAUAGGAGGGAUAUUCUCUGUACAUUCUGUAGUGUCACAGUGGAGUGAGGAAGGAAGUUUUAUUGAAUAUCUCGUGUGUACAGGGGUUUACCAGAGAGAAUACAGACAUCUCCUGGCUUUUAUAUUUGCUAUUGAUGAGAUAAACCGCAGUCCAGAUAUUCUUCCCAACAUAACUCUGGGAUAUCAUGUGUAUGAUUCUUGUGGACAUGUGAAUAAAGCUAUAAAAGACGUUCUACAGAUAUUGUCUGGACAUACAAAGGAAGCUCCAAAUUAUUCCUGUAUGGAGCGGGGUGCCCUGGCUGGUUUCAUUGGAGAUCUCCAUUCUGACACCACUCUCCAAAUGGCCCAGCUGCUGAGUCUAUAUGGUUACACCCAGAUUAGUUAUGGAGCCAGAGAUACUUUGCUGAGUGAUAGAAAGAUGUAUCCAAACUUUUUCCGGACAGUUCCGGAUGAUGAGAUGCAAUAUGUGGCCAUAGCAAAGUUACUGGAAAGGUUGAAGUGGAACUGGGUCGGGAUCCUUACAUCUGAUGAUGAAUACGGAGAGAGGGAGAUCCGACAUCUUAGCAAACAUUUAUCUGAUCAUGGAAUUUGUAUUGAAUUCAAGAUUCUGGUGUCUAUAAAUAAUCAUAAUAAAAUUCCUCCAGAGCUGCGGAGCUCAACCACGGAAGUUCUUAUUAUUUGUGGCUCAUUACUGCAGCUUGGCGUUUACAUUCCCCUAUCUCUACAUAAAGGAAAUGCUGAAAUAUUUUUAUAG